GCGGCGAGGCGCUCGCACCACAUGGAACCUUCUGCCGCCAAAGGCAACAGUGGCGCCGGGAGCAGCAGGCCAGCCGCAGCCCCGGGCCGCCGGGCUCCGCGGGGAGGGCAGGUCCCAUCACCAUGUCCCAGCAGCGGUGCAUCGUCAUCUUCGCCCUGGUCUGCUGCUUCGCCAUCCUGGUCGCCUUGAUCUUCUCGGCCGUGGACAUCAUGGGAGAGGAUGAGGACGGACUCUCGGAAAAAAACUGCCAAAAUAAAUGUCGAAUCGCCCUGGUGGAAAACAUCCCUGCAGGCCUUAACUAUUCGGAAAACGCACCGUUUCACCUGUCACUCUACCAAGGCUGGAUGAACUUACUCACCAUGGCCCAAAAGUCGGUGGACAUCGUGUCUUCCCACUGGGAUCUCAACCACAGUCACCCAUCGGCGUGUCAGGGUCAACGUCUUUUUGAAAAGCUGCUCCAGCUGACUUCGCAAAAUAUCGAAAUCAAGCUAGUGAGCGAUGUGACGGCUGAUUCAAAGGUAUUAGAAGCCUUGAAAUUAAAGGGCGCCGAGGUGACCUACAUGAACAUGUCCGCCUACAACAAGGGCCGGCUGCAGUCCUCCUUCUGGAUCGUGGACAAGCAGCACGUCUACAUCGGCAGCGCUGGCCUGGACUGGCGGUCCCUGGGACAGAUGAAAGAACUCGGUGUCAUCUUCUACAACUGCAGCUGCCUGGUCCUGGAUUUGCAAAGGAUCUUCGCUUUAUAUAGUUCAUUAAAAUUCAAGAGCAGAGUGCCCCAGACCUGGUCCAAGAGGCUCUAUGGAGUCUAUGACAAUGAAAAGAAAUUGCAGCUUCAGUUGAACGAAACCAAAUCUCAAGCCUUUGUGUCGAAUUCCCCCAAACUCUUUUGCCCUAAAAACAGAAGCUUUGACAUCGACGCCAUCUACAGCGUGAUAGACGACGCCAAGCAGUACGUGUACAUCGCCGUCAUGGACUACCUGCCCAUCUCCAGCACAAGCACCAAAAGGACGUACUGGCCAGACUUGGACGGGAAAAUAAGAGAAGCGUUAGUUUUGCGAAGCGUUAAAGUUCGACUCCUGAUCAGUUUCUGGAAGGAAACGGAUCCCCUGACGUUUAACUUUAUUUCGUCUCUUAAAGCUAUCUGCACUGAAAUAGCCAACUGCAGCUUGAAAGUUAAGUUUUUUGACUUGGAAAGAGAGAAUGCCUGUGCAACCAAAGAGGAAAUGAAUCUCACCUUUCCUAAAUUAAACCGCAACAAGUACAUGGUGACAGACGGAGCCGCUUACAUCGGAAACUUUGACUGGGUAGGGAACGACUUCACCCAGAAUGCGGGCACGGGCCUCGUCAUCAACCAAGCGGACGCGAGGAAUAACAUGAGCAUCAUUAAGCAGCUGAAAGAUGUGUUUGAGAGGGACUGGUACUCACCCUACGCCAGGAGCUUACAGCCAACCAAACAGCCGAACUGCUCCAGCCCGUCCGAUCUCAGCCCUCCCUCCCACAAAACUGCCACGUACAACACGUGUGGGAAGGACCCCGCGAGCGUAUAGCAUGAACGAACACGCUGACGGACCACUUGUGUUUCAUAUUUAUAUCUAAAGGACGGGAGGAGAGAAGAACCAUUUGAUAUGUCUUUUUUUAGGGGAAAAGCACACUUAUUAAAAAAUAAUCUUUGAAUGCCAUGCCCUAUCUAACCACAUCUUUAGGGGCUUGUAUACUCCCUUUAAGACUUUUGUACUUGUCACUUCUGACGGAGAAUGUCAUUCCGGCUUGGGAGUUCGUUUUCACGUUUGCAUACCAAUUUGAAGGCUUUGACGCCUCCUCCUUUCUAGUUUUAGAACAUUUCUGCUGGCCCACGUGGUCAGUGCUUAGGAAGCUUCGCAUGAGGCAGGCUCUUUGCUAUUCUGCAACCACUGGCUUAGAGGAGAGGGAGGGUUUGACCUUGGACAAGAGGUCAAGCCAAGUCUUCAUCCUUGUCAACCGUCUCCAAGACCUGUCCAGUCAUCUAGGCGUGAACUCCUCAUGCCAUCCUCCAGUAACUCUUGGAAAAUACUUUUCUUGCCUCCGUGUUUAUUUUCUUCUAAUACCAUAGAUUUUCUUUUGUGUCAUUUUCUCUUCUCAUAAAAUGUUCUCAUGCUCUAGUGUGGCUAUACUUACCUCAACACUAGUUCCAAGUAGGAUAUGUUCUGAAAGUGUAUGAAUUCCUCAGAAUGGAUACAAAAUGGACAUAGCAAUUAUUUUUUCAAAUAUAUUUUUAUUGAUUUCAGAGAGGAAGGGAGAGGGAGAGAGAGAAACAUCAACGAUCG